AUGAAUUCAACCUUUACUAUGUGGAAGUUAAAGAUCAUUCCGAGGAAGAAAAGGAACAGCAGAUGAAGCAGGAGGACAAACGAAGGAGAGAUCGAAACAAUAAGACCAGAAGAAGAACAGAAACAGCUUCAGAAAAAAGAUCAGCGGCAACGAAAAGCUCGAAUAAAAGAACAGAUAAGAAACACCAGAAGACAGCUAGAGAAAGAAAAGAGAUUGACAGACAUGGAAAAAGACGUAGAAAGAAGGCAGACGAAGAGGAGAUUGAAGAAGAAUGUAGCAAAGAGGACAAAAAUAUUAAAAAUGAAAGGACCAAGACAUUAAAGCUGGAGGAUGAGAAGAAACAAGAUGAGAAGAAAAACAGAAAUAAGCAUGUUAAAAGGGAGGAAGAGGAAAGAAAUCAUGAAAAAACGAAAAAUAAAGAUCGUAAUGAUGUGCCUUUAAAGGAAAAAAGAAAGAAGAGAAGUAAGCAUGAGAUUACCUCAGAGUCUGAGUCGAAAUCUGAGUCCGAAUCGGACUCUGAUGACAAGGCAGUAGGAGUCUUGGGCUCUCUGACUCCAGAGGAACUGGAAAAGUUGAAAGAAGCCGUGGACGAAAAGAAAAAGCUCAUCGCCACGCUGAAAGGAAAGCCAUGGCCCAUGAGAAAAAAAUUAGUCACGCUCAGGGAGUCACAAGAGUUUGUGGAGAAAUAUGAAGGUGCUCUGGGAAAGGGCAAAGGCAGAAAGCUUUAUGCCUACAAGGUCAUAAUGAUGAAGAAAUGGAUGAAGUUUCAGCGUGACUUUGAAAAUUUUAAGACAGCCUGCAUACCGUGGGAGAUGAAGAUUAAAGAAAUUGAAAGCCAUUUUGGCUCAUCAGUUGCUUCCUACUUCAUAUUUCUGAGGUGGAUGUAUGGCAUCAACAUGAUUUUAUUUGGGCUGACGUUUGGGCUGGUGAUGGUACCAGAGGCUCUGAUGGGGAAACCAUACGGCAGUUUACCCAGAAAAACGGUACCCAGACAGGAGGAGGCUAGUGCAAUGAAUUUCGCAGUCUUAUGGGACUUUGGGGGCUAUGCUAAAUACUCUGUGCUGUUCUAUGGCUACUACAAUAGCCAGCGAGCCAUUGGGUGGCUCAAAUUUCGCAUGCCCCUCUCUUACUUUCUGGUGGGGGUGGGCACAGUGGCAUAUAGCUACAUGGUUGUAAUCAGGACUAUGGCACGUAAUGCCAAUGAAGAAGGUGGUGGAGAUGACACUAGCUUUAAUUUCUGCUGGAAGACGUUUACUAGUUGGGACUACCUUAUUGGAAACCCUGAGACAGCGGACAAUAAGUUUGCAUCCAUCACCACUAGCUUUAAGGAGGCCAUUGUGGAGGAGCAAGAGAGCAGAAAAGAUGACAACAUCCACCUGACAAGAUUCCUUAGAGUCCUGGCCAACUUCCUGGUACUCUGUUGUCUGGCAGGGAGUGGUUACUUGAUCUACUUUGUAGUGCGCAGGUCUCAGAAGUUUGCUCUGGAGGGACUGGAGAAAUAUGGAUGGUGGGAAAGGAAUGAGGUGAACAUGGUCAUGUCUCUGUUGGGAAUGUUCUGUCCAAUGCUGUUCGAUGUGAUCAGCACUUUAGAAAACUAUCAUCCACGCAUCGCCCUUCAGUGGCAGCUGGGGCGCAUCUUCGCCCUCUUCCUGGGGAACCUCUACACAUUUAUCAUAGCUCUCAUGGAUGCUAUCCAGUUAAAGAGGGCGGAAGAGGAGAUUGUAAAGAAUAAUAUGACAAUCUGGCAAGCUAACCUGUACAAUGGGACUGUGCCGGAUAACACAACCACUCCUCCGAUCACAGUGCACCCUGCUGAUGUUCCCAGAGGGCCUUGCUGGGAGACAAUGGUGGGACAGGAGUUUGUUCGUCUCAUUAUUUCUGAUACAAUGACAACUUACAUUACUCUACUUAUUGGCGAUUUUUUCCGUGCGGUCCUGGUGCGUUUCCUAAACAAUUGCUGGUGUUGGGAUCUGGAGUACGGCUUUCCAUCCUAUUCAGAGUUUGAUGUGAGUGGAAAUGUUUUGGGGCUGAUCUUCAAUCAGGGGAUGAUCUGGAUGGGGGCAUUUUAUGCUCCAUGUCUUCCAGCAUUAAAUCUACUUCGGCUUCAUGUGUCCAUGUACCUGCAGUGCUGGGCGGUGAUGUGCUGUAAUGUGCCACAGGAACGGGUCUUCAAAGCUUCAGGGUCCAAUAACUUUUACAUGGCCAUGCUGUUGGUCAUCCUCUUCCUUUCUACCCUGCCUGCUAUAUACACCAUUGUCUCCAUUCCUCCCUCCUUCGACUGCGGACCGUUCAGUGGGAAAAACCGCAUGUUUGAUGUGAUUCAAGAGACUCUGAAGUCAGACUUCCCAGCUUGGUUUGGAAAAGUCUUCUAUUAUGCCUCGAACCCCGGACUGGUGUUGUCCUUCCUUCUGCUGUUAGUUCUUGCAAUUUAUUAUCUGCAGUCCACCUCUAAAACAUACAAACGGGUAAACAUGGAACUGAAAAAGAAACUUCAAACACAAAAUGAGGAAAACAAGAAAAAGAACAAACUCGCAGCCCUAAAAGCAGCCCAUGAACUAGAGCAGGCAAGAAAUGGAGGAGGACAACGCGACAACACUGACACCGAUUUGGGAAUGAAUGAAGAGAACAGGAGCUCAAGUAAAACAGGGCAGCAAUCACAGGCUACUCGCCCAUCAAAGGCUCAGCACACUCAAGGUUCUGGAUUUCCCAUCUCGACAACCAGGCCCUCUGCAUGCCGGAGACAUCUUCCAGGAAACCCACAGCAGCCACAGAGAAACUCACACUCCAACAGGAGAUAAACACCACAGAUGUCCCGUGCAGAAUAAAAUGUCUGUUAAAUAUCUACCAUGCUUUAAAGGUCAAUACUGGGCCGGAUGUUACAUAAUCAUAGUGUUCACUAACAAUAAAUGCAUCAUGGUCUUGCUAGUUUAGAUUGCAAGAACUAAAACACAACACGUGCUGUCUAUUCAACAUGGUAUACAGUAUAAGGCUACAUACAGCAGCAUGCACAUUAAUCUUUAUUUCUUGUUGAUGUGCCUGUGCACCACCUUGCAUGUCAUUUGUGUCUCAGUAAGGUUCAAGUAUUCAGUGACUAUGUAACUCUAGAUUGAUAGUACUCUUAUCUCUGUAAAAGAGAAAUGAUGUCUCUUGUUACACACAGGCUAAACUAAGGCCAACUAAUUUCCAUAUUUUUGUGACUUAUGUAAUAUUGUUAUUCAUGUAUUCUUUUUCUAGACAGCUUUAGGAACAUUUCUGGACUGUUGCUUCAUGCCAAAUACAAAUUGUAAUAAUUAAACAUCAUUAUGUGUGCAUUUGUUUGAUAGGGAGUCAGCCGCUCUCAGAUCACCUGCACCCUUAAUGCAUCUCACAUGGCAUUUGUAAGAAAUCCAAAAUGCAUCAUCAGCCUCCUUUGAAGAUCAUGAGAUUCAAUCAUCUGAAGUAGAUUGGCGGGUUGGCUUAGCCCACCAUUAUCCCUCUACUCUUAUUUCAAUGUU